AUGCGCCUCCAAUACAUCCCGGACCCUCCAUCAAAUCUAUCUGAGGAGGACCAGCAAGUCUGCGAUCGUAUCAGGGCCCGUCGGGGCCCAGCCGGGCUUCUCGGCAUUGAUCGCACACUCCCCCAUGCCCCCAAGGUCGCAGAUGGUAUGGAAUUCAAGCCAGUUCUCAUUGUUCUAGCAAAGGUCCCGUUUAUCAAGCAACGCAACCCGACAAGCAAGGGUCCCCUGAGCGAACGCCAAUGGGCUGUCCUUCAAUACGCGGAUGCCAUGACAGCCACUGUUCAGGUGCCACAGGAGCUAUUUUAUCAGCUAAGGGAUGUUGGUUUUAGCUCACAGGAGAUUACUGAGAUUACGGCUACGGUCGCCACCUAUAAUUUUACUUGUCGCUUUGUGCUUGCACUGGAUGUAGGCGAGGGGAUUGCUGGGGCGCCGGCUUGGUUUAAAGAGUGGUGA